GCUAUGCAUUGAGGAGAUUCACAAAACAACUUUUAUGUUGGUAACAAUGCCAGUUCCUAAUCCAGUUAAAAUUUUGACUCUAAAUAGCUUUGCCAAUUAUUGUUUCUGAUAUUAAUAGCAAUCGUAUGGCGUUGCCAAACUUUUGUAAAGUUAUUUAAAACAAUUGAUUUCAGCAAGUCAAAGCAACAAAGGCAUAUUAGCUGCUUACCUGCUCAUUAGGGGUGGGCGCUAUACCGGUAUGAAAGUGACAACAUGAUAUGGAUUUUGCUAUACUGUAGAUACCAUUAUAUAUUCAUGAAUUCAAAUGUGGAAUAUAGGCUACAUUUAUUCAUUUAGCAGAUGUUUUUAUCCAAAUGUCUAUUUUGUAGCUUUAUCCAGGUUAAAUAAAAAUAAACAACAUUUCUGAGAUUUUUUUUUUUUUCAAUUGCAAGUGAAAACUUCCCCAUGUGACAGUAGUCUGUCCUAUAUAAACCCCGGUGAUGCUCCAGGAGCUCAUUCAGGUGCGGAGAGUCAGAGAAGAGAGGAGUGGCACAGAUUCACGCAGCAACCGUAUUUGAAUCUGGGGAUAAAUAGUUUACACGCAUAAGGAUCGCAUGCUGCAUCUGUAGGAUGACUUAUAGGAAAACAUCUGUGUAACACAUGGAAUCUAACUGAAAUUGUAUGGUGCGUAAAGAAGUGCCAUGCAGGGGAACAGCAGCGCGUUGGCACCGGGUUUAGCGGCUUGCGGUCCGGCACUGGACGAGGGCGAUGCGCUGUCGAACCAGAUCACUCUCCACAACCUGUCGCUCCGCUGCUGGCUGCAGCUGCUCUCUAAAGAGUCCGCGCCGGAGCUCUACGGCGACAGCUCGAGCAUGGCCAUGCGCGUCGUGAUCGCGCUCGUCUACCUGAUCGUGUGCGCACUGGGGCUCGUCGGGAACCUGCUGGCGCUUUACCUGCUCCAGUCGCGCCACAGACUCAAGCAGUCGUCCAUCAACUGCUUCGUUAUGAGUUUAGCCGUGACGGACCUGCAGUUCGUCCUGACUCUUCCGUUCUGGGCCGUGGACACCGCUUUAGACUUCAGAUGGCCGUUUGGAAAGGUGAUGUGCAAGAUCAUCAGCUCGGUCACCACUAUGAACAUGUACGCGAGCGUGUUCUUCUUGACAGCCAUGAGCGUUGCGCGCUACUGCUCCCUGUCCUCAUCCUUACGAAUACAAAGUCCCAAAACGGCCUCGGCUGAGGUCAAGUGGGCCAGUUUUGGAAUCUGGAUCGUGUCCGUGGUGGCCACCAUUCCUCACGCGGUUUACUCCACCACGGCGCAGGUGUCCGACGACGAGCUGUGCCUCGUCCGCUUCUCGGAUUCCGGUAACUGGGACCCGCAGCUGCUUCUGGGUCUCUAUCAAACCCAGAAGGUACUUCUGGGCUUCGUGAUUCCGCUGGUCAUCAUCUGUGUUUGUUACCUUCUCCUGCUGCGCUUCGUUCUGCGGCGGCGCGUCAGUGGAAUUCCUGGCUCGGACAGCGAGAGAGGGCGGCACAAGCGCCGUUCCAAAGUCACCAGAUCGGUCACCAUCGUGGUUCUUUCGUUCUUUCUGUGCUGGCUGCCCAACCAGGCGCUGACACUUUGGGGGGUACUUAUUAAAUUUGACCUGGUGCCAUUCAGUAACGCGUUUUACAACGCGCAGGCCUACGCGUUCCCCAUCACUGUGUGCCUUGCGCACACCAACAGCUGCCUGAACCCGGUGCUAUACUGUCUGAUCCGCCAGGAGUACCGGACCGGCCUCAAGAAACUGCUGUUUAGAGCCACUCCAUCCUUUCGGAACCUGGCCAAGCUGGUGUCCCGGGGGAAGAAGGUGGCGGAGGCUCCGCCCGGAGUGUCCGUGGUGCAGAUGGAGAUCGGGAUGUGACGUUACCAAUGAGGAAAAAGCCACUGAGACUCGUUUGAACUGUAUAAUGCAUCUUUGUAUACAUCUGCAACGUGGACUUUCAAAUAUCAGACACUGCUGAUAUGAAAUAGCGUUGCAUUGAUGCGUAUAAAACAUGAACGGCAAAAUUCUGGACACAUUUUUUUUUUCGGGGUUCUCACGAUUUCAAAACCAUCAAGAUGCGUUUUCCCCCCCUUAAUAUCCCCCCUUUUCAUAUAAGUUUAAGGAAAUAUAUCUUAAAAAGCUUCAGUUUUUUUUCCUUAAAAGAUUUGUUGUUUGUUUAAAUGUAAUUAUCCUAUUUACUUUUGUUUAAUGGGUGAAUUGAAGCAGCAUAAAGUGUCUACACAUGUUCAUUCCUCAAUACAUAAUUCCCAUACUUCUGUUUAGAUUAUUGGACUAUGUUUUACGCUAUUUCAGUCCUUUAAUUACAAAAUGUCACGUUAAAUUCAAUUUUACCUGGCAUUUCUUUAUAAUUAUUUGUGAAAUUUACAGUUAAUGUUUGAGUAAAAAAUCUACACAUUUUUUAUAGUGUACUACUUCAUUGUUUUUUUGUAUUCAUUCAUUCAUUCAUUCAUUAUUUAUUUAUUUAUUUAUU